CCUCCCCCCGCCUGGAGCCGCUUCCCUGCGGGUCGCCCCCGCCCCCCCUCUGUGCUGCCCCCGGCGCCCAGCCCCGGCUCCCGUCUCCCGGCCAGAGCCCGCGGAGGGAUAGCCGUUCCGAGGGAGGAGACUUGAGCGCUAGAAUGGCCUUUGUGGUGGUGAAGAUCUUUAAGUUCAACAUCUGGAAAGCUGCAAGACUUUCAUUUGCUUUUAGUUGCAACAGUCAUUUUCGGGCAGUCAAACAUUAUUUGGCUCAGGAGAAGGAGCCAUCGCAAUCUUCAUCACCUGCGGGGUUCGGGAAUGAAGAAAAUUCACAGCACCGUGGCAGCCACCCGCUUCCAGUAUCGGGACUUGGGGAUGCUGCUGCACAAGUGAUCCCCAAAUCACACCCUCCUCCCAAAAGCUAUAAAGGCCUCGCCCCUCAGAAGAAUUUGCAGUGGAAGUCUAGAAAGAGAAGCACAGAGCAGGCUGCAUCUUCCAGUGAGGAAUUUAGGAACCUGAGAGAGGAUGACUUUUCAAAACAGCAGAAAAGACCAGUGCCAAAGCCUAUGUCCAUUGAAAGGACCAAAGGUUCGGAGAUCUUGUUUGGCAUUGCGCCCUGCUCCCUGGCUUUCUCGCAGUCAAAGAGGGACUUUUUCCAGUUGUUCCUCAAGUCGGACAGCAGCUGCGCACGGCCUGUGAUGGAAGAAUUUGCCCAACGAGCUAAGGCCUGUGGGGUCCCCGUGCACUAUGUCAGAAGGCAGGUGCUGGAUGCUCUUUGCAAAGGUCGAGUCCACCAGGGAGUUUGCUUAGAGGCCACUCCUCUCCAUCUUAGCAGCUUGGAAGAAGCUGAAGCUUCCCAGGUUGGUCUGGGCACACAGCUGAUUUGGCUGGUGCUGGAGCAGAUACAGGAUCCUAUGAAUCUGGGUGCAAUGCUGCGUUCUGCGUACUACUUAGGAGUUGACAGAGUGGUGACCAGCCAAAAGGACAGCUGCCCCCUUACUCCUACGGUGAGCAAAGCAAGCUCUGGAGCCAUGGAGGUUUUGGAAGUCUACAGCACAGAUAAUCUCCAGAGAUUUCUGAAGGCUAAAACUGAAGAAGGCUGGGAAGUCAUAGGAACAGUCAGCAAAUCUGAGGUCGAGGAUAAGGUCCCCGUCAUCAGCUGCUUAGAGUUUCACUGGAAUAAACCCACUGUUUUAGUAUUAGGGAAUGAAGGGUAUGGGCUAUCUUCGGAGACACGAAGUUUGUGCCACAGGAUGCUAAUCAUCCCUCCUGGAAGAACGUUGCAGCCUGGGAUUGAAUCAUUAAAUGUUUCUGUUGCUACUGGGAUUCUCUUGCAUUCUAUAUGCAGCCAAAAAAUAAAGUAACGGAAUGUGAUUUUACCGUGAAUUGCGUAGAUCUUUAAAAAUCCAACCCUUUUGAGCAGGGAAAACAGUUCAGUGUUGUGUGGCUUCACUGACAAUCAGUAGAGGCAGACACCCUGU